AUGGAAAACAGGAAGAUUAGCAUGAUAAGUGAGUUGGCUCUCUCACAAGAUGACUAUACCAUUAAGGUCCGUGUCAUCCGUUUGUGGAGACAAACUUCAUGGAAUCAACAACUUCGUAUGAUUGGCAUGAUAUUGAUGGAUGAAAUGGGCUCAAAAAUUGAAUGUAAUGUGGACAAACCAUUUGCAUCGCUCCAAGGAAAAUCUCUUGAAGAAUAUGGUGAUUACUACAUUCAUAAACCCACAUUAGGGUUAAAUGAAGGUGCUAUAAAGUUUGUCGACGGUCCACACAAACUCUAUUUCCAGUAUACCACGAAGGGAGGUUGUGCGGUAAUUCUUGGCACAAUAAAGAUGUUUGAAGAUACACGGAACUGGUAUUAUAAUGCUUGCACACAUUGCAAGUCAAAGGUUCAAAUAGUUAAUGUUUCAGAUGAGACAGUCAAUGGCUUGGACCAGUUAGAAGAGAAGGAGAUUAUGGUUUGUACAAAUGAAAAGUGCAAGGACAAACUUAUUACUGCUGAACCAAGUUUUAUGAUCAAGGUUCGAGUUCAAGGUUUAGUUGGUGUUGUGAGUCUUACGAUCUUUGAUCGUGAAGUUAGAAAUAUUCUGAAACUAUCUGCUGCUGAUUUAUUAUCAAAAUAUGAAAAGUUUGGCAAUACAACUCAGUUUCCUAUUGAGUUGAAUGCCAUGAUCGACAAAAAAUUGGCUUUCAAGAUUGUUGUCAAGACAUUUAAUGUUUCAAGAUUUGGUCGUUCUUACAACAUUUCCAAAAUAACGGAUAAUGUUGACAUUAUUUCUGCUUUGGAGAAAAUUGAGAAAAAGAGUAGGAUUGAACAGGACAUGGAUACUGAAUCUGUUAAUAUAAUUGGCUCAGAAUUUGCAUCUCAGGAAACAGUGGGUUGUAAGGAUGCUACUUCCCACACUGCUGAUAAUACUCCUGUGUCGAAUAUUCCAUCUGGCAUAUCAUCAAGAACAGUCAACAACCUAAAUUCACCGCCUACAAGUGCCAAACGUAAACUUGUAGAUGUUUACGAUCUUGAUGAUGACGUUUAUGAAUCAGCAACGAAACCUAAUGCACCCCGUACUGGAGAUGGCAAAGUUGUUGGAACAACAAAAUUGUUGAUUCCUAAAGUUGAAAAAUGA